GUGUUGCUAACUGUAUAAUUUCUUAUCCCAAAUGAAAAUAUAUUUAUAAUUUAAAAAAGAUUUAUUUUAAUCUUGUAAAAAUCUUUAUUUUUUAUUUUAUUUUACUAGCACAAAUUGAAAAAAAUUAUAUAAAAAUUAAAUAUAAAAUUUUUUUAAAUAAUCUUAAGAGAAAGUUAUUUCUGAAUUUUGAAUUCAAUUAUUUCUUUAAAUAUUAUAAUAUUUUUACUUUUUAGAGAUAUCUUUGCAAUUUAAUUUUUGAUGAACGUGAUAUAAAUUAUUUUCUUGGAAACGGCAUUUAUAUUAUUUAGUUUGUGUAGAAGGGUCUUUCAUGAAUGAUUCAGUGAAUAACUUUGGAUGUUUCUGCUGUGGCUACAUUCACGAAAGUUAAAGGAAUUGCUCAAAAAUGCCGAGUCAAGAGGUUGUAACAACGAAAGUUGUGGUGCAUCCUUUAGUUUUAUUAAGUGUAGUGGAUCACUUUAAUCGUAUGGGAAAAAUUGGUAAUCAAAAAAGAGUUGUUGGUGUUCUUUUGGGAUGUUGGAGGGCGAAAGGCGUGCUGGACGUGUCAAAUAGUUUUGCAGUUCCUUUUGAUGAAGAUGAUAAAGACAAAAGUGUGUGGUUCCUUGAUCAUGAUUAUCUUGAAAAUAUGUAUGGAAUGUUCAAAAAAGUUAAUGCUCGUGAAAAGGUGGUAGGUUGGUAUCAUACUGGACCUAAAUUACAUCAAAAUGAUGUUGCAAUUAAUGAAUUAAUCAGAAGAUAUUGCCCCAAUUCUGUUUUGGUCAUCAUUGACGCUAAACCUAAAGAUCUUGGUCUUCCAACAGAAGCAUAUCAAGCUGUUGAGGAAGUUCAUGAUGAUGGAUCUCCAACAUCUAAGACUUUUGAACAUAUUCCUAGUGAAAUUGGUGCAGAGGAAGCGGAGGAAGUAGGUGUAGAACAUUUAUUAAGAGAUAUUAAGGAUACCACAGUUGGUACCUUAAGUCAAAGAAUUACAAAUCAAUUAUUAGGUUUAAAAGGCCUUCAUGAACAAAUUAGAGAAAUUAGAGAUUAUUUGCUGCAAGUUGGUAGUGGUAAAUUACCUAUUAAUCAUCAAAUUGUUUAUCAGCUACAAGACAUUUUUAACUUACUUCCUGAUAUGACGCAAACUAGCUUUGUUGAUUCACUUUAUGUGAAAACAAAUGAUCAAAUGUUAGUUGUGUAUCUUGCUGCUCUUGUUAGAUCUAUAGUGGCUUUACACAAUUUAAUCAAUAAUAAAUUAACUAAUCGUGACGCUGAGAAAAAAGAAACAGAUAAAAAGGAAACAAAAAAGGAUGAGAAGAAAGAAGAAGAAAAAAAAGAUGAGAAAGAUAAAAUAAAAAAUAAAAGUCAGUGAACAAAGUGAAACUAAAACUAAUUUGUGUGAUUGAGACUGUUAACAUUACAGAAGUUCACAAUUGCAAAGUUUGUUUAUACAUGUACAAAUGUAUUUUGUGCUUACAAACAAUUGGUAUUUCAAAUUAACACCAAAAUAAAACAAAUGACGAAUGUUUUUAAA